UAUAUUUAGAGAAGGAAAACACUACGUUUGGUUUCUGCAAUGCCUCGAAGAAGUUGGUGGACAUAUCAGCCCUGCUGAGGGCAGCGAAAGCCCACUGUUUACAAGGUCUGGGGGUCUGUAUGCAGCUGGAAGAUCUGAUGCAGAAUCUGAGACUGAUGACUAGAGACACUACUGCAGGACUGUCAUUAGACAAAGCAGUAACACCGGAUGAGUUUAUGAACUGUAAGAAGGCCCAUGAGGUGCAGGCAAUGUCUGAGGUUGUGGCUAGUUUGGCCAAAUACUGCCGAGUCAAACAGGUGAUAGACGUGGGUUCAGGGAAAGGCUACCUGUGCUCCUAUCUGUCCAUGCGGUUCAACCUGCAAGUGUUCGGGAUCGACUCCUCCAGCACCAACACACAUGGAGCUCAGGAGAGGAACAGGAAACUGAAGAAGUUCUCCAAAGCUUAUCAGAAACCAAACAAAGCCACUAGGAAGCAAACUUUGGACAGCGAGGAUGAGAGUUUACAACACAGCAGAAACUUUGAAAACAGUGAUGGCCUCAAAAACGUUAUUACUGAGGAAAAGGAAAGCUUUGAGGCUCGAGCGGAUAGCAGUGCUUUAUCAAAACAAGUCACCAAUGAUUUAUCUGCUUCAGAUAAUGCUGGAGAAUGUCCAUUAGACCUGAAUGAUUCAGAUUCAGGAAGCAGCUUCCUCAGUUUGCUGUCUCUAGACGUCACAGAAGACAUCUCUCCCCGCGUCAACCACAGCCAGCUGAGUCUGGAGGAAAGAGAGAAGAGAAAGAGAGAGAAUCUGGAGAGGAAAGCUGGAGAAGGAAGGGGGAACAUCAGAGACGACGGCCUGUUUUCCCCUCUGACCUCAUUUGACCCUCUAACUUUAGCACUCACUAUUCUUAUUCAAUUCUUAAAAAAGAAACUACCUUUCUAAUCUUUUUCUAUUCUAUCUGUUUUCUUUUUAUUUAUUAUAUUGUUUAAAAGCACUUGCUAUGUGUGCUGCGUUGAAGCUAACUGAGACUUGUUGUAGCACUUCUAUAUCAUUGCUCUUUUGCUGGUUUUGAUUGCUUCCAUUGUCAUCAUUUGUAAGUCACUUUAGAUAAAGUGUCUGCUAAAUGAACAAAUGUAAAUGUAAUGUCACUGCAGAAACUGAGCUCAAGACGCUGAUCACAGAGCUGGAGGUCAAGAGAUGAUGGUUUUGUCCAAGGGAGAAUAAUAAUAGCAAUAAUAAGAGUAAGAAUAACCACAAUUAUAAUAAUAAUUGUUCAUAUUCUUAUUAUUGUAAUUUAUAAAACCAAAUAUUUAAUAAAUUCUUUAAAAAUAAUAAUUAUUAUUAAGUCACUUUGAAAUAAUUAAUAAUACAUUUUAGAAUUAUUGUAAGAAAAAUAGUGUAAAUAUGCAAAUUAAGUCAUGUUUAAUAAAUAAAUGUUAAUAAUUAUAAUAAUAAUUAUCAAAUUAUAAUCAUAAAAUUCUAAUUAUAACAUAAAGUACCAGGGCAGAAAAUAUGUUUACAAAAUAUACAACAGUAUGGUUUUAUAAAAUCAGUCAUUUAGUUCAUUGUUAAAUAAUAAUAAUUAUAAUAAUAAUUUUAAAUGUUUUAAGUACAUAUUGUUAAAAUGAUAACAGUAGCAGUAGUAAUAAUAAUAAUUUAUUAUUCGUUGUGAACUAAAUUACAAGGACAAAUAACAGAAAUGAAAACAACAUUAAUUAUAAUAGUAACUACUGUAUUAUUAUUAAAACAAAUUAUAUUGUAAUAAUUUUAAUGACUUCGAAUAUUUGAAAAUAUAGACAUUAUUGAAUUACUUUUAUAAUUACAAUUUAACUAAUUAUCAUCAUUAUAAUUAACAUCUGAGGAUGUUUGGGGCCAAACAGGAGCUGCGCGCCGUUUGUAGUGUGGACUGCUGCUACCAUCUGCUCUCUGAAGAGUUUGAUCACGACAGACGGGGUAAGAACACACACACACACACACACACACACACACACACGUGGGCAGAUCAGUCUCUAUCAGAAAAAGACAAGCUCUGUGGAAAUGCAUUUCUCUGUAUAUCUUUUUCCAGCAAUGUGCAGCCCUGUAUCAAAAAAGUACAAUAAUAAUAUUCAAAUGUGUUAUUAUUUUAUAAUUAAUAUUUUUGUUCUUGAUUGUUUAGUUAAUAUAUAUAUAUAUAUAUGAUAAAUUAUUCAAUAAUGUAUUGAAAUUGGAACAAUAUAAUAUACAGUAUACAAUGUAAUACAGUCAUGUGCCAAAACUUGGACACCCUUGGUAAAUAUGAUCAAAGAAGGCUGUGAAAAUGUAUCUGCAUUGUUAAUCCUUUUGAUCUUUUGUUUUU